AUGUCGUCGCCAAUACAAAUAGCACUUAUUACAGGCGCUAACACGGGGGUUGGCGAGGCAGUCGCACGAUCACUCGCCCUCAAGCAUGAAUACCACGUCAUUAUCGGUUCACGCAACCUAGCCGCCGGCACUGCCGUCACGUCUUCUCUUCAAGAACGUGGUUUGCGGGCAUCGGCAAUACAUCUAGAUCUUGCGGACGAAGCAUCUAUCCAGGCCGCGGCCCGAACUAUCGAGACAGACUUCGGUCGGUUUGACGUUCUUGUUAAUAGCGCGGCUGUAUUUCUCGAGCUGGACCCUAGAAAUGCUGGGCUUACGUUACGUCAACGCUUUGAGCAGACAUUCGUUCCUAAUUUGUUCGGACAGGCGGAUAUCACUGAGGCUGUACUGCCGCUCUUGCGGAAAGCAAGUGUUCCGCGGAUUGUCUUUGUGUCGUCGAGGCUUGGAUCUCUUGCUAAUGCGUUAGAUCCUAAGGCUGCGUUCUACGAGAAUGACUUCCGGCCUUAUAAUUGUAGUAAGGCGUCGUUAAACGUUCUAGCUAUCAACUACGCAAGGAUGCUCGACAAUGUAGGGGGGUUGGUUAACGUGGUGUGUCCUGGUUUGGUUAAGACAAGGCUCAGUAACUACGCUGAGGCAGGGCACUCUCCGGAGGUCGGCGCAGAGAGGAUUGUACAGAUGGCUACGCUAGGGAAGGAAGGACCAACGAGGACGUUUUCGGAUAGAAGCGGGCUGAUUCUGUGGUAG